AGAGACGCGCUGUAUGCAGUGUAGUGAAAGAUUAUUAUUUGUUAUUGAAAAAAAUAAAAAAAAUAAUACACACGAAACUGUAAGAUUUCUGGCAUGGAUUUUUUUUUUAAAUUCCUUUUAUUUUUUGAAUUCCAGAGCUUUAUUUUCGCUUUUUAUAAAUCAAUUGACAAGACCACAUAAGGGUAAAGAAAAAAAAAGAAACCUUGGAUUUAUCAUUUAAGUCUUGAAUUUACUUGGGACAAAGCUAAGGCGACGCAUCUCUGCAAAGUGAAACUAUAAAAGUACACCAAAAACUAUAUCUAAAUAUGCAGCAUAUAACUUUGUGUGUGUAUGAUGCGUUACAGUAGACACGUUUAAAUGAAGAACGCGUUCAAGAUUUCUGAAACACUGGACCCAUCCACGGAUUCGUUUUGUUCUGAUUUAUGGAAAACACAUUCUAUUCUGUGGUACAGCGAAUAAAUAAAUGAUGCAUUCGCAAUUAAAUUGCACACUACCUCCCUUGGCUACAGAGAGCCUCAAGCUCAGAAAUGUUUUGAUCUAGUUUGCCAAAGUUGCUGUGCUCAAGAAAGGUGUAUGGUUUCAGGGUGUCUAGAACUCGUGAUAUUCAUUCGCAGUGUAUCCUGCUCAUUUGAAGUAACACACUACCACAAUGAAGGACGCCGUUACAUGUUUAUCAAAAGAUGCAAGUUUAAAGUUACUCUAUUAAAAAAACAAACAAACAAACAAACAAACAAAAAAACAACAAUAGCGUUACUAUUCCAGGUGAUGUGAAUGGAGUAAGUGGGAUCGCCAUUAUGUGCUGUAACAGACGGGUUUGGAGGAUGCUGCAAUUGUAUUCAGCUGUGAUACUGUCGGCUGUUACCGUCUCUCAAAAGAUUGAGAGCCGAGAACUUUCUAUCGGCAUCAAAAGACCUACAUCAUUCCCCAUGUACCUGCUUGUGAACUACGAGGUCCUCAACGCCAACUCAUCCUUUUUUCUCAAGGAAGCCAAUCAGGAUAUCAUGAGGAACUCCAGCAUGCAGACUCACACAGAGCCCUUCCUAAUACUACAGGCUAGCCAAGCCCAAGCCCCUAUAGUCAACGUCAGCUACGGCCCCUUAUCUGUGGAGCAGACCGUUCCUCUGGACAUGAUCCAGAUGGCAGACCUUUUCUACACAACCAACCAGUUUAGCUUUAACUGGAAAAUCCAGUCUUACAUCCUCAACAGGAGAGUCUCCUCCUCCCAGCCCAAAGUACGGGUCUUGUUUUACAUUUCAGGGAACAACUGGUAUGACCAAAGCCCCGAGGGCACAAUGGACAAGUUGCCUUGUAUAAUGGUGUUUGCAUUCUGGCAGACCCAGGAGGUCAGAGGUUCUUGCAGACUCCAAGGAAAUCUAGGACUCUGUGUGGCAGAACUUGAACCCCUUUCCAGUUGGUUCAGUCCAACAGGUGAAACUUUCAAUCAGGAAAAACCUGUUGACCCUGCAGAUGGCACCCCCGUGGAGCUCUAUUACAUGGUUCGAUCCACCCUGAAUGGAGGAUGUGUCAACGAAGAGGCUACAAAGAGGGGCAGAACAGAGCAAUACGAGUUUGAUGAGACCCCCGUUACCCCAAUGCGAAGGAUCGGAAGUGUCCAUCUCCACCAGAUCCCCCCGAGUGAAGGGCAGCAGGCAGAGCUCAGGCUGGGGGAUGGCGUUGUCAUACAGGUGUCCUCGAAGCCCAUUAAAAAGAGGGAUGUUGUCACUUUUUAUGUGUCUGUGUCUCCUGGCUCCACCGUGGAUGCUUUCACGUUAAGAGCGAAGGUAAAGAAAGGUUUCUCUUUCCGCAAUGUGAGGAUCAGCAACUCCCCGGCCUGGGAGAUUAACCUGGAGAUAGGAAAGGAUGGGAAGUAUGGGACCACUACCAUCCUGUGUAACAGGAAGUCAAGCCUCAUAGCAAACAGGUCCGAGAGCAGCCUAUUGGAAAUCAUGCAGCUGGACUUUGAAGCCAAUGAACUGAGCAGCCAGUCAGACAGCCUGGGCAUCACGUGGCAAGUGGAGCUCCCUGGCACAGGACAGGCAGCAGAGGAGGGGGAGACCAAGCUCUAUGUCAUGCAAAAGGAGAUCAUAGGGAUCGCUCCCCUGGCCAUGGACACUGAGAUCCUGAACAUGGCCUUGCUGACCGGAAAGAGGGUUGUUGUGCCGGUGAAGGUGGUGGCGUUGGAGCGGGACGGCACUGUGACAGAUGUGUCUGACUUCACUGACUGCCACUCCACUGAUGACGAGGUGCUGAAGGUAUCAGACAGGUGUGACUAUGUCUAUGUGAACGGGAAGGAGAUGAAGGGGAAGGUGAAGAUGGCGGUGAAUUUCACCUACGAGUACCUGAGCGCCCAGCUGGAAAUGACUGUGUGGAUCCCUCGGCUCCCCCUGCAGAUAGAGGUGUCUGACACCGAGCUCAGCCAGAUCAAAGGCUGGAGGGUCCCUGUGGCCAACAAAAGGCCAAGCUGGGGCAGUGAUGACGAGGAUGAAGAUGACAGGAAGGGGAGGGGAUGCACGCUGCAGUACCAGCACGCCAUGGUACGGGUCUUCACACAUUUCGUGGCUGAGCAGUCUGACCCACGUGAGCAGCUGACCUACUUCCUGGGCCCUGAUUGGCAGCUUGAUAUCACAGAGCUGGUCAGAUACUUUCUGAAAGUGGAGGACCCGAGGAUAGCCAGACUGCAGGAUGGGAAGAUUCUAGUUGGCCGCGACAUAGGGGUGACCACAAUUCAGGUGCUGUCCCCUCUAUCAGACUCCAUCCUGGCUGAGAAGACGGUGACAGUGCUGGAUGACAAGGUGACCAUCACUGACCUCGGGGUGCAGCUGGUCACUGGGCUCUCACUGUCCCUUCAGCUCAGCACUGGAAGCAACAGAGCCAUCAUCGCCACGACAACCACACAGGAGCUGCUUCACAGCCCGAAACAGGAGGCAGUGAUCAGUGUGUGGAUCCAGUUCAGUGACGGCUCCAUGACUCCGCUUGAUAUCUACGACCCCAGCUACUUCACCCUGGCUGUGACCUCGCUGGACAAAGAGGUGGUCUCUGUUCGGAAGGACCCUCAAAUGAACACUCCAGUUGUGGUUGCUGAGGGAGAUGGGCAGGGAGAUCUUGUCAAGGUGGAGAUGGUGAUUAGUGAGGUCUGUCAGAAGUCCAAGAGGAAGAGCACUCUGUUGGUUGGGAAUGGGAGCCUCAAGGUCAAAUUCGCCCCGAUCGACAACCGAGCUAAGGUCGGCAGCAGCAGCGAUUAUGGUAAUGACGACAAAGAGGUAGAAAACAAGGAGAGCGUGCGCCAGCAGAAGACUGGAACGGAGGGGAGGUACUAUGGGAGCUCUGCCUCGGAUCGCAAAGAAAGCGCCAUGAGGAAAAUCACCACAACGGCCAAGUCCGUCAACAGCGAUCUUGACGGGGGCAGCAUUUCCAGCAACGUCGGUCGAGACCACGGUAAUCUCGUUGACUACACCAACUUCCCUUCACAGGUGGAUAUAUCGAACAACGGGGGGGCCGAGAAAGAGAAUGAGCUGGCUCAAUCUCCCCGAGUGCUGACUGAUCUAGAGAUUGGCAUGUAUGCUCUGUUGGGCGUCUUCUGCUUGGCCAUCCUGGUGUUUCUUCUGAACUGCGUGUCCUACAUGCUGAAAUUCAGACACAAGCAAGCCUCAGUGCAAGGUCAAGAGAACAUGAACCACAUGCAUGACUGGGUGUGGCUGGGGACUGAUGCUGAGCUAGUGAUGAACGUGGCGGAUGCCCCAGCUCAGCAUGAUAAACACAGCACCACGGUCAUAGACAUCGCGUUGGGCUUGGAGAAUGGCGCUAACCUGGUUAGCGGGACGCUGCAGAAAACUGAACAAGGCCACAUACUUGGCUCUAUGAGCUCCCUCAGAACCAAACACAAAAGUGAAUCAAUAAACUCGCCAACCACAAAAAGAAAGAGUGUCAAAUUUACCACUUUUACUUCCGUUUCCGUAGACAGUGGCCGACCAUCCGCCGAAGCCAUGUUAAUGGACCACGAGGAUAUUAAAUGGGUCAGCAAAGAGUUAGAAGGCGUGAACUCCAAAGAUCAAGAACACAUAGAAAAAGAUCAACUAGACCACUUGUAAUGUCAUUUGAAUCUCUUGGGUUUUGGUUGUAUUUCUUUUCACCUUUAUGCCUUCAGUUUUAAGGGAAGAGAUGGGGAUUAAUUUAAUCUGGAAAGGCUAAUCUACACACCCUGUAAUCCUCUCAGUAGUGCUGCAUUUGUUAAAGACACACACAUCAAGUGCUUGCUGGGAAUAUCUACAUCACUUUAGUCUUCCAUUCGAUUGCAGCUCAGUCCUCUUUCAAAUACUAAAUAUAAAGACACACGAUACAGAAGACAGACUAAUUGAUACAAUUUUUUUCUCACACGCUAAAAAUUACAGCUUCUUACGUAUAUGUUUGUGGGUUCCCUUUAAUCAGGACACAAUCGUACAAACCAUGUCAGAGAAUGCGGUGAACUGACACCUUUUUUUUUUUUUUUUUUUGAGAAAUCUUAAAAGAGUUUAAUUAACCAGAAAGGUGGUUUUUGCUGAAAGCAUUCCUUGACAAAUCUGGGUUAAUUUAUGUUCCAAAGGAGAUUUUUGAAAAAAAGGGAAAAUAAAGUAAUACAUUAAAACAACGGUUUUGAGGGGAAGUCUUUGUCAUUGUUUUUCAGGUUCUGCCUAUUUGGUUUAAUGGUUCAAUAUGUGGAGGUUUAGUGAAUAGAACCAGUCUACCACAGUAAUGACGGGUUUCACUGACCCUGGUGAGCACCAGUCUUGGCUACCUAAUGUUACCUUGGAGUCAAGGAAGAUGAGUGCCUACUGGGGUCAAACCAGAGAUUUUCUAAUUUCCAUUGUUCAAAAUCUCCAUGGAGUAUAAAUAGAAAAGGGAAGUUCUGUGUGAGUUUGGAAGUGACUGUUGCGACUGCUGCUGUUAUCACUUUUCUCAGUCAUAGCUGUGCAGACACACACACACUUACAAACAUGCUUGGUGUUAUGUGCAUACAAACCCUCCCACCUGCAUGCAAUUCUUAAAGGAGAUCUUAGUAACAGUGUUAAGAGAAUCUUUUUUUUUUUUUAAUGUUCACUUUUUUACAUUUCACUGUUGUUGUUUUUUUAAUGUAUUUGUGCACUGUUUACAAUUGUUUUUUUUAAAGAUACGGAUCAUACAAGCUGUAAAAAUAAAUAUGUUUUAAAGAUCUAUCAAACUUAUCAUUGAAUAUUUUAAUAUUUGUUACUGUAUAUUGUAAAAAUGUAAGAUAUAUUUAUAAAAAACAGGAUCACUAAGAAUAAAAUUAGCUUGAAAAGACAUCGAUGCCAC